GAAUGUUGGUAUCAAUGGUAUCUCGAUAUCUUGAUGAACGUUGGUGUGGCUUGUUACUUCGCAGAAAGUGAGAAAUACAACAAUAAAAUCCGGAAGUUACACCAAUGAUUGCACGAAGGCCUAUACUGAACAUCAUAUCUCGCCUACUGUCCACAGUUUCAAAAACCAUGGAAAAGCACGGUGUUGUACCUGAUGUGAUCGACACAGCUCCAGGUUCAAAACUUGAGGUGACAUAUGGGUCACUUAGCGUCGAUGAGGGAAAUGAACUGACGCCAACACAAGUGAAGGAUCCACCCACCGUCAAGUGGGAUGCCGAGGAUGGCUCCUAUUACCUACUGUGCAUGACAGAUCCUGAUGCCCCGAGCCGAAAGGACCCCAAGUUUCGAGAAUGGCACCACUGGCUGGUUGGAAACAUUCCUGGAAACAGUGUGUCCCAGGGUGAAACUCUUUCAGAAUACGUCGGUUCUGGACCUCCAAAGGGCACAGGCCUUCAUCGCUAUGUCUUCCUGGUGUACUUGCAGCCUGGAAAAAUCACAUAUGAUGAGCCCCGGUUGACUAACAGAUCUGGGGAUAACAGAGGAAAGUUCUCCAUUAGGAACUUUGCAAAGAAGCACAACUUGGGAAAUCCUAUUGCCGGUAACUUUUACCAGGCUCAGUGGGACGAUUAUGUUCCGAAACUUUACGAGCAGCUCAGUGGCAAGUAAAUAUGCCUAGGGAUCGGAUUUUUUCAUAGUGGUGGAAUAUGUUUCUUUCACAAAUGCAUUACCAGAUGGUGUUUUCUUAAGGGCAUGAGUUGAACUACAGACCAUGUUCUUUUUCAGCAAAAUGAACAUAAAUUACAUAUGCUAUUGGAAUCUGAAUUUUUUGUCUGUACCCAGUAUGUAAAGUGUAUAUUUCCUGUAAAAGAUAAAGGUUGCAAAUAAUG